GGGGAUUAGCGCUGCCGCCGCGGCCGGGCCCGUCUCCUGCCCCCUCCCCCCGAACACCAUAGGCGGCUCAGGCACCAAGAUGUCCAACCGAGUGCUCUGCCGGGAGGCCAGCCACGCCGGCAGCUGGUACACAGCCUCAGGACCCCAGCUGAAUGCACAACUAGAAGGUUGGCUUUCUCAAGUACAAUCUACAAAAAGACCUGCUAGAGCCAUUAUUGCACCACAUGCUGGAUAUACCUACUGUGGGUCAUGUGCAGCCCACGCUUACAAACAAGUGGAUCCUACUAUUACCCGGAAAAUUUUCAUCCUUGGGCCUUCCCAUCAUGUGCCCCUUUCCCGAUGUGCACUUUCCAGUGUGGAGAUAUAUAGAACACCUCUGUAUGAUCUUCAAAUUGAUCAAAAGAUUUAUGGAGAAUUGUGGAAGACUGGAAUGUUUGAGCGUAUGUCUCUACAGACCGAUGAAGAUGAACACAGUAUUGAAAUGCAUUUGCCUUAUACUGCUAAAGCCAUGGAAAGCCAUAAGGAUGAGUUUACCAUUGUUCCAGUAUUGGUUGGAGCACUGAGUGAGUCAAAAGAACAGGAAUUUGGAAAACUCUUCAGUAAAUACCUAGCAGAUCCUAGUAAUCUCUUUGUGGUUUCUUCUGACUUCUGCCAUUGGGGUCAAAGGUUCCGUUACAGUUACUAUGAUGAAUCCCAAGGAGAGAUUUAUAGAUCCAUUGAGCACCUAGAUAAAAUGGGUAUGAGCAUUAUAGAGCAGCUAGAUCCUGUAUCUUUUAGCAAUUACUUGAAGAAAUACCAUAAUACAAUAUGUGGAAGACAUCCCAUUGGGGUAUUAUUAAAUGCUAUAACAGAGCUCCAGAAGAAUGGAAUGAAUAUGAGCUUUUCAUUUUUGAAUUAUGCCCAGUCAAGCCAGUGUCGAAACUGGCAAGACAGCUCAGUGAGUUAUGCUGCUGGAGCACUAAUGGUCCACUGAACCUCCGAACACUCAGGGAUGCCACCUGCACACAUACUAUGUACGGGGUCCCAGCCUAGCCCUCACAAAGAUACGGUUCCUGGUCUUCGGGUAUACUGAAACCUCAAACUAAUAGAACUCUCUUCUUUUCCAGUAGGUGUAGUCCUUCCUUAGUUUCAACUCAUUUAAAAAUGCUUUCUUGUUAAACCAAUGGAAGGAAGGCUUGUGUCAAAACUUUGUGAUUUAAAAAAAAAAGAUGAUGUCUGUAAAGGCCUGGUGGUAGACAGUCCUUGCAAAUAUAACAUGUAAAGCAUUUACCAUAUCCUAAAUUUGCACUCUUUGCAGACCUGUGCACAUGUACUCAGCUUUCAGAAUAGUUUUGCCAGUUGUAAACAGAAAAAAGGGUGGGAGCUUUUUAAUGAAAAAAAAAGCAUUUAUAAAUGAUCCUGUAUUAGAAUAUAAUAAAACUCCAGUAUAGUCCAUUACUAGCUGUGUUGUACAACAGAUAUCUUCUAUUUUAGUUGCUAAUAAAGGGCUACACAAACCAAAA